GGGGCAGAGCCGGGGCCAGAGAGUGACAAGGUCUUGUUUGUGUGUGUUUGUAGGAUCUGAGUUUCUGAUGGAUUAUGAUCACUGCCAGGCCUUCCCAGCUGGAACUGGAGUGGGCACAGGGCCAGGGCCUGCCACCCUCUGGGCAGGUAUAAGAGCCAGGGAGGAGGGCCUGGAGCCGAGCUGGGGCAGAGGGACCCGCCACCUGUCAGGGAAGCAGGGUGUGAAGCUACAGCUGCUGCAUACGGACUGCCAGGUGGACAGGGUUGGUUCUGGAAGUGGCCCCUUUCUGGGGAAUCUGGGAGAGGCCCUAAGGAAACCAUCAGGCUGGACAGGCUGGAGGAGGUGCCAGAAGCCGGAGCCGGGGCUAUCAGGGGCUGAGGACGUGCUUAACCUUGAGGCCAGCUCGCCCAGGAGAAUGAAAGGUUUCCACUGGCGUUACUCUCGGCUGCCCAGCCAGGUAGAGGAUGCUCUGUCUGCAGAGGAGGGAAAGGAAGGGGAAGAAGAGGAGACAGCCCCAGCCCCAGCUCCUGAAGAUCCUGUGGAGACCCAGCUAGCAGAAGGCAGCCAGGUUCUGGGAGCCUCAGAUAUCCGGCAGCUCAGCCUCCACCUCCCCCCAAGAGUCAUCGGACAUUCCUGGAGUCUGGCCUUCUGUACAUCCAGGGAUGGCUUCAGUCUGCGGAACCUGUACAGGCAGAUGGAGGGCCACAACGGGCCAGUGCUGCUGGCACUGCGGGACCAGGAUGGGCAGAUGUUUGGGGCCUUCUCCUCCUCAGCUAUUCGGCUCAGCAAAGGCUUCUAUGGCACAGGCGAGGCAUUCCUCUUCUCCUUCUCCCCACAGCUGAAGGUCUUUAAGUGGACAGGAAACAACUCUUUCUUUGUGAAAGGAGACCUGGAUUCACUGAUGAUGGGCAGUGGCAGCAACGCCCAGGUUUUCCUCUUCUCUUCAGUGGCCAGUUUGGGCUGUGGUUGGAUGGAGAUUUGUAUCACGGCGGAAGCCACCCCUGUGCGACUUUCAACAAUGAGGUGCUGGCCCGGCAGGAGGAGUUCUGCAUCCAGGAGCUGGAGGCCUGGGCUCUGAGCUGAUGGCCCCAGGGUGGACAGCUUCCUAAGGCAACAGAUGCUUGGCCCUGCUCACGGAUGCCACCCAGACCUCCUCUGUACUGGGAAGCCCAUUCUCUCUGAAACACGGAUGGCCCAGGGCCCUAGGACUGACUACGGCUGUGAGCCGGCCUCCCUGUAGCCUGGGGAGCCAUGACAGGCAUGGGCACGGAGAAUGCUCUCUUGGAGAGCAGACUUGCAAGGAGUGAAAGGCACUUAGGCCUCAUCCCAAGCAGUGCAAAGUCCCUCAGAAUCAUCAUGAAAAUUAUAUAAUACAUGUUCAUUGUAGAAAAACCAGAAGACAUAAAAAAAAUUAAAAUUACUUAAAAUUCAACCACCUUCAAAACACCAGGAUUUUCAUAUGUAUCCUUCCAGAGUUUUCCAUGGAGACAAAAAUGGAACUCUUAUAAUUUUGGAAAUUAUUUUAACUCAAAGAAUACUGUCAAACCACAGACACCUGUGCUCAAGCAACAAAAUAAUAAAGACUUCAGUACCAUCAUUCUUUCUCUAGAACACUGAGGGCUUUCUGUCUGCCACCGGUGUGCCAGGGGCUUGCAAAUUGCCUAAUUAAUUUCAUGAAGAAGAUAGAAAAGUGGCAAAUAAACAAUAUGUGCAUUUGGAUAAAGAUACUGAAACUCUGUAGAUAGGAACCUCAGGGGAGUUAAAAAAGGAAGAAGGAUAUGCUUUCUGGAACAACAGGAGCUCUGGAAACUAAGAAACAUCCAUAUUCAUUCCCACGCUAGUGCCUGCCUCCUGCCAAAAGAAAAAAAAUCUUAGGAUGCCAUUACUGGCCAUUAUUGGAGGAGGAAAAUCAAGUAACACAGGCCCUGUUAAAUACUGUCUCCUCUCUCGCAGACCCAACAUACUGCUGAGGGACUAAGAAACAUCUGGGUAGAUUCCUAGACACAUUUCCUUUGUACAACAGCAUCAAAGCUGGGCACACAAGUGUGAGAGAAAGCCAUGACACUUCUGGUUUCAAGAUGGAGAUACAUUCACAAACCUUUAUUGCAGAUGUUUCCCUCACCCAAAUGAAGUAACCAGUCAUUUCAACUUGCAGUUCUAUUUACAUUCUCAAGGUGACAAUGUUCACUGACUACAGAGGCUAAGCUGUUAAAAAGUCUCCGUUUUUAUACAAAUAGUGAAGAUGUUUCUUAAUAAAACUUAACCUUGUAAA